UUUUUUUUCAAAUGAUAAAAGUUUUGCAAUGGGACCUAUAUAAAUCAAUCAAAAACAAAAUAUCACAAUCAUUUCAUCUUUAGGACAAAACGCAUUUUUUCUGAAUGCCUUUAUACAAUCCCUCUUUCUCAGCAUCAUUUCUCUGGCUUUUAAAAAUGGUGAUUAAUAAACAUUCGAGAUGAUCCAGAUGGGACACUCUUACAGUCUAUUCCAAUUUCCUGCAAAAUUCAACGUGGCUUUCAGUGUAAAACUCAGAUUUGGAGUAAUGUCCUAAGAGAAGAGAACAUCCAAAUAAAUGGGGGCAUGAAAUUUUAGGGAAGCUUCUUGUGAAUUGUUGGAAUCUGUUGAAAAUUAUAGCUCGGAAGCUUCCUACUUUCAGAUCCAGGUUUGCUCAAUUUUGUUGUGUCAUCAUUCUUCAGGUGGCCAUGUUAUCUUCCAAUUGGAAACUGGUAAAUCACUUAGAAGGACAUUAGUUGAGCUAACAUUUCCCCGUCAAAGCGAUAAAGCCAUGUCUGCAUACGGGCAUAUGAUGGAGAGGGAAUUUUCCGCUCAAAGUCUUUCAACCAGAGGAGGUUCAGAAGUAGGAAGCCGUUAUACUGUGGAGACGGGGCUUUAUAUUACCUCUUUUGCUGCCACAGUCCUCAUUGCUGGACUUGUGACAGUUGGCGUUUCGCUAAUGACCCUAUUGAUUACAUUGGCUGUAAUGUUGCGGUCAUGUCAAACUCAGAGUGCUGGUGUUGUUGAGACCUGGAAAUCCACCGAUGAUUAUAACUAUUGCAAAACUUUUGCUCUGCAUGCGGAACUAAAUCUUUUGCCUUCAGCUUCUUUCCCAGCAAUGUGCAAAAGCUUUGCUGUUGGUUACAUUAAAGACGGUCACUACCUGAAAGACUUAAAUAUUACAGUUGGAUUGGCAGAGCAAUACUUCAGUAAUCUCAAACCACUUCCUGAUGGCUGUGACGUCGUGUUAAUGGACAUUGAUGACCUCUUGCCAGAAGAUUCUUUCUAUCCCUACCAAGUGCUACAUCGAUUCCAGGAACAUGUUUGUAGUGAUUGCAUUGAAGAUGUGAAAUAUCUGAAGCACCUAUUUUUUCGACAACUAUACCUGAUACUUAAAGAUGGUGGGUGGAAACUGAUUUUCUUGUCUAGGAAGACUGAGAGACUACAUAAUACCACAGCAGAAUACCUUACUUCUGCUGGAUUUGGUGGAUGGUCAUCGUUAAUCAUGAGAAAUGAUAAUGAACUGCAAAUGGACCUACCUGAAUAUUUUUCCCUUCGAAGAAGUAUACUGCAAAAGGAAGGAUUUCGGAUUGUUGCUGUAGUUAGCAGCCAGAUGGAUGCUUUAACCGGCUCAUCUUUAGGAAGACGUGUUUUCAAGCUUCCAAACCCGAAUUUUUAUUUUCAAACGGGGCCUUAUACUGAACGCAGAGAUGUGCUGAAGUAAACUCUGCCGAAGAAAAUUUUCUUAGGAGAUGCUUAGAAGAACCAUGUCUCAACUACAUAUCAUAUGGAAUUUGGCUUGCAGCUUGCAUAAGGAGGGAAUUGUUGAUUUGUCUUGGUUGGAUCUUGAUGGUCCCAGCCUUAAGCUACAUUUAUUCUACUCUUCAUUUUUUGUGAUUUGUAGUAUAUUUUACUGCUGAUUUGCUCAUAGUGAGUGCCAUUUUUGUUGAAACAGCUUUUUGGAACUUUUCUUCUAUCUAUUUAUAUUUCAUUGUUUGUAUUUAUUAUAUUUGCAAUGAAUUCAGAUGAUCCAGGAAUGGAAUAUCAAACAGCAAGCUGAUUGUGGCUUUA